CAGGAAUACGAAUGAUUGCGACGUAUUAUGCAAUGGCUUCUUUAUCGAGCGGAAAAAUCAUUGAAACAGACCAGCUGUAUUCCGAGAAGACUUUGUCGUGGCUUAAGCAAGCACUUGAGCUUAUACAGAAGAAUGUCUCCGUCAAUCAGCGAACAAUAGAAGGCUACGCCUCGACUUACCUGAGCAGGUAUGCGGAUGACUCGGAGGAUGAACUUGUAGACGAGGAUGAAUCAAGAUCGUCGUGCUCUUCUGAAGACGAAUCUAGUGGCGAUGCGAAAGGCAAUAAUAUAGGAGACCCCGAUGCGCACUGUUCCACUUCGGCGACCAGUACGGAACUCUCUUCCGAAAGGCGUUUCACGCACAGGAAGAAAACAAUCACCGAUGAUCGGCAACGUACGAAUUUGGUACGAAAGCAUGUUGAAUCGUUGAAUAAGUUUCUCUUUCCCAUCAUUGAUCCAAAGUAUACGGUUCUAAGUCUACCAGCGGCCUUGCUUCCCAAGGAAGAGUUUCAAAGCAACAACGCUCUGAAAGCUUGCCAAUUGUAUUUGAAGCUCGCUUCAGAUUUGGCUGCGAAGCGAAAGACGAUAGUCGUUCUCUUUCUACGAUCGGGACGUUUCGCCGGUGCCGUCUUUCAAGGUCGAGAUUGUCUUGCACAUCGUGUCUUGACGCGGUACACUGUUCGCAAAGGUCAAGGAAAGGCGCAAUCGUCGCAAGACUCCCAGCGCAGGGCAAAGUCUAUGGGAUCGCAGCUGCGACGCGCUGGUGAACAAUCCCUCCGAGAAGACAUGUCGGCCACAGUCAAGGAGUGGAAGGUGCACUUCGACAAUGCCGCAUUGGUGAUGGUAUCAUGUCCUAAGACAAUGAGAAAGAGCUUGUUCGACAGUGUGGAAGUCGUCCUGUCCCGUGAUGAUGCUCGUGUACGGCGAGUACCGCUCGAUUUGGGCCGACCAACGUUCGAAAAUGUUUCCUUGAUUUACGAAAGUCUAUUGACGGUUCAGGUAAGAGAAGUAAAUGAGCCAGUUUUGAAACCGAAGAUGUAUGUUGAGGUAGAAGGAGCAGAGAAGAAAGAGACCACGCCAGCCAACACAAGUUGCCCCGAUUCUUCGGAGGGAAAGGAAGAUGACGAUUUAGCGAUACCAUUGACGGCGCUACAUGUAGCGGCCAAGACUGGAUGUGCACAGGUUCUGAAAGAUCUGCUUGCGGAUGACUGCACGGACAUAAAUCUAUUAGCCGGUCCAGAUUUGAUGACGCCAUUGCACUAUGCGGCAGAUUCGACCCUUUCUGACAAUGUGGCGGCUCAUUCUGCUGCUGAGUGCAUAACGGUCUUGCUAAUAGAAGGAAAAGCUAAUCCAGGCUUGGUCGACAUACGGCAUAGACCCCCGUACUUCUUGGCUUCUCAAGACAAAGUCCGUGAUGCCUUUCGCAUGGCCCGUGCAAGACUGGGCGAAUCAUUUUGUGCCUGGGAUGAUGACGCAAAGGUAGGCCCGCCGCUCGCCGAGUCGGACUUGAAAUUACGAAAGGAAAAAGAGGCCGAGAAACGACGAAAAAAGAAAAUCAAACAAAAAGAAAAGAAAGCCAAAGAACGCGUUGAGACAGAAGCGUUCGCCAAACAUAAGGAAGAAGAAGAAAUUCGAUUGCAAGAGGAGAAAGAAGCCAAACGGAUACGGGAUGGUCUGGAGUCGAAGGCUAGCUCCGCAACCAACGUGUGUGACUUUUGUCAGACGGUCUGUUCCGGUCGUCGCAGAAGCCAAAUGCUCAAACGUCUCGACUACUCCUAUUGUAGUUCCGAGUGCGUACAAAAGCACAAGCGUGAAUUGAUUGCAGCUGCGGCUCUAUCUAGAUUCGUUGGCUAG